AUGUCGAAAAGGAUCCUCGUCUUCGGCGCUACCGGCAAGCAGGGUGGUGCUGUCAUCCGCGAGACCCUGUCUGCCUUCGGCAGUACGGCCACCGUCUAUGCUGUGACCCGCAGCUCCACAUCCCCAGCCGCCCAGAAGCUCGAGCAGCAAGGCGUGAAGCUGGUGAUCGGGGAUAUGGAGGACUCGAGCCCGGACUCACCUCUAAAGGCCGCGAUCGCCGAGGCAAAGCCCACGCAUGUCUUUCUCAUGUCCAACGAGAAGGCGGCCAUGUUCUCGAAGGGCAGCGGCUGCAGUCAGGAGCUCGCCGCAGCAAACCGCAUGCUUGACUUCCUGGAGGCCUCUGGAACUGUCGAGUACGUGGUUAUGAGCUCGGUCGCCGGCUGCCAUCAGGGUGCCCAAUAUUCGAUGCCGAACUUCAAGGUGAAGGAAGACAUCGAAGCCGCCCUGCAGAGCAGGUCGUCUUUGAAGUGGACGGUGCUUCGCCUGGUUACGCUCAUGGACAACUUCGUGGACAAAGAGUACGGCGGUGUGACGAAGACAAGCGUCACGGGCUUGGCAAGCAAUUCCACGAUGGAGAUGUGGUACGUGAGCUGCAGGGACCUGGGAGUGGCAGCGGCGACAUGCUUCGCCAAGCCCGACUUUGUCGGAAAGACCAUCAACCUGGCGAGCCAGAAGCUCAGCGGCGAAGAAAUCGCGUCGGUCUACGCAAAGGUGAUUAAAACGGACGCGAAGGUGAAGUACACGCCAAUCAUGGGACCCUGCCUCAUGAGCAUGGGAUUCUUGAUGCCGGACUUCGUGGCGAUGCACAGGUACUGGGAGAAGGUUGGCUAUCCCAUCGGAGAGAGCGACCAGGAAGCCUUCAAAGCUCUGGUGCCUAAGCCCUGGACAAUCGAAGACUACUUCACGAGUCUCGGCGACCGAAUCCCAAUGUGA